AUGAGCAGCAACUCAGCGUCAGCAACUAACGCCGCCUCCUCUUCAGCUUCCGCCUCUCAGCAAUCGAGCUCAGCCGCCGCGUCUUCAUCUCUCGCAUCCGCAAUAUCUUCUUCCGUCGCAUCGCAAGUUUCUUCCGCCGUACAACAAGGCUCGACCACGACCGUGGAACCCAGCAGCACCAAUAUAAUCACUUCCAUCGUUUCAGCCUCCGCCGCGGACCCAACUACACAAGUCAUCACUUCCGUCGUAACACAAUCGGCUGUCAGCAAUGGCGUUACAAACACGAACCCCGUGACUGUGGUCGUGACGUCAGUCAACACCAACCGGGCAUCCACCACUUACAUACCCGUAGCCGGCUCGUCAACAGCAGCCAGCGCGUCUGCCACAUCAUCUUCGCCAGCACAGCUGUCGAACAACGGUAGUAAUGGCAGCAACAGUGGCAACUCGGGUGGACUAUCAACUGCCGCUCUGCUGGUAGCGCUCGGUAUUUGGUUCUGGCGGAAGCGCAAGCAGAGCAAGGACAACCAAGAGCAACGCCGCAAGGAGAUCGACGAAUAUGGCUACAACCCAAACAACGAUCCCACAUUACCGGCAGUAGCAGGCUCAGAGGCUGGAGGACCACAAAUGGCCGAGGAUCACAGCGGGUACAGAGGUUGGGGCGCAGCCGCAGCCUCGACCAACAGGAAGACCUCCACCACGCUGAGCGGUGGCCAUACCCAAGGCCAGCUAUCAGACAACGGCAACUCGUACAACGCACACUCCCCAGGCUCACCAGGAGCAGCAUACUCCGAUGGCCACAGCGGCGACCCUCUAGUGCACCAGCGCGACACAAUGAACAGCGACGAACUAGGCGCUCUCGGCGCCGCACCCCUUGCAGUAGUAAACCCCGGUAUCCGAAGAGGCCCUAGUAAUGCCUCAUCCGCAUACUCGGCCGGUGCGCGCUCCGAAGGCUCCGACGAACCAGUUCCGCCACUACCGGUCGGACAAGCAUACGAAAACAACCCGAACGCCAAUUACGGCUAUGGACAGCAUGGACCGUAUGGAGAUGGUAGCUAUGGUGGUGGGCAGGAUAGUGCUGGGAUGCCUAUUGUACGCGACGUGUCUGCUAGGCGCAACACGCGGAUACAGCAGGGCGGCACUUAUCAGCAGGGAAAUAGCGGAAUCGCUCAGAACUUCUAG